AUGGCCCUUCUCCAGCCCCCAGCCCCUCUGCUGAUCUUGGCACCAGGUGGACAGGAUAUCCAGUCCUCCACCGGAGGUCCAGCUAUAGCCGCAAACUGGCUCAUCUCACUGGGUCUCUCUCACUCUCUCGCUCUGGCUCCAACCUCUCUCUUUUCUCUCUUUUCUCUCUCUACCCCUCUCUGCACAGCCCCAGUGCCUUCAAAAAUAACUGCCUCUCUGUCUGUUUGCCUGCUCUGUCCUGAAGCCUGGAAGUAGAAUCUUUCUUCCUCUCUUGUGCUAAAAGACGGACAUUGGCAAUGGGAUUUCUUCACUCGGGGACAGGUGACAAUGACAAAGUGCUGUUUUUCAGAGAACAUGCAUCUUUCACUGUCUGCCCUUAAGAAGCAGCAUCACUAGCCUGGUCUUUCACUGGAAAUAUCAGAGUAAUUUUGUCUGUGUAGAAUACAGAGUAGUGACAGGGAGGGAAAGUCCUGUCUGCAUCGCACAGAUCUGCCAUUAUUUAUUGACCAUGAAUCUCUGGGAGCCUGUCUCGGGCAUAGUGUCUGGUAGGAGGGACACAGAGGGGAGGUUGGAUUUAAGGUAGACACAAUGUACCCAGACAAGGGCCCAGCUCACCUGGGAAAUACCACUCUUAUCUCCACACUGAUGGAAAUGCAUGGCCAUUUAGAGCAAGGGGGGGCAAAGUACGGCCAUAUCCGGCCCACCGGGCACUUCAAUCCGGCCCACGAGACAUUUUUUAAAUGUAUUAAAUAUUAUUAUAUUUGAGUUACGAUUUGUGGACUAAAAUUACUCAUUACAUGAUAUACAAACAACCUCCAAUAGAUGGCGCUGUAGCCUGGCAGCGCGCUCUGUAUUUGGGCCUACAGUCAGAUUCAGAAUGCUCUGUCAUCAUAGCCACUUCAUUGCUUGACGACUUUUGACGUGAAAAAUGAGUGCUGCGAAAAUGCGAAAAAUUGGACUCGAAUGUCGUGUGUUUAAAGAAGAAUGGACAGCAAAAUACUUUUGAAAGAGUGUAUGGUGGAGACUGCUGGUAUACUUUGUCCUGAGAGUAAAAGCCAAUUUGAGAAAAUUCGCUUAUCAUGCAGAACCAUCACCAGGCGCGUGGAAGUGAUAGGUGAGGAGUUAAUCUCUGAGUUGAAGAAAAAAGCAGAUGGCUUCAACUUUUUUCUAUAGCACUGGAUGAGAGUACUGACAUCAGAGACACCGCUCAACUUUUAAUUUUUGUCCGAGGAAUAAAUGAGAACUUUUAAAUAACAGAGGAACUUCUUGCGAUGGAAUAAAUGAUGGAAAUAACCAGGGGCUCUGACUUAUAUGACAGGGUGUCUGCCUGCUUGGAAAAAAGGAAUCUGCCGUGGAGCAAACUGACAAACGUCACAACAGAUGGAUCACCAAAUCUAACCUGUAAAAACAUUGGCCUACUAAAAAGAUUACAAGACAAAGUAAAAGAAGAAAGCCCUAACUUGGAGGAAUUUAUAUUUCUUCACUGUAUUAUUAAUCAGGAAGCCCUGUGUAAAAGUGUGUUAAAGCUGGAAAAUUUUGUCAAAGUGGUUGUAAAAUUUGUCAACUUAUAUGGGCAAGUGGGCUUAACCAUUGUCAGUUCAUUCAGCUGUUCAAUGACACAGAGGCAGAGCACCAGGACGUGUUGUACCAUUCAAAUGUGCGCUGGCUAAACCUGGGAAAAGUAUUUUGCCGUGUGUGGAAACUGAGAUGGGUGAUAGGUAUGUUCCUUGAUACGGUUGGUAAAGCUGACGACUUCUCCGAGUUGAAAGACAUAGACUGGCUGGGCGACUUUGGUUUCGGUGUGGACAUAUUAGGGCAUCUGAACGAUCUAAAUGUGAAACUGCAGGGAAAUUGUGUUUUUGUGCAUGAACUGUAAUCCAAACUUAUGUUGUUCUCCAGACAAAUGAGCAGCCGGUCUCUCGCUCAUUUUCCGACACUGGCCGCAAUGAAGGCGCCCACAUCGCAGUGCCGCACUGAGACAUACAGUAGCACUUUGAUCGACCUGCAUGCUGAGUUUUCCCACCGCUUCUCAGACUUCACCAAGAUUGAGACUGAGCUGGAGCUUGUAUCAUGCCCGUCUUUCGGCAGUGAGAAAGCACCACCAGACACAUAAUUGGAGCUCAUCGACAUCCAAUGUGACAGAGCUUUGAAGGAGAAGUACAAAACAGCAACAAUAGACCAGUUCUAUGGCUCACUGAAUGAAACAAAGUUUCCAAACAUUAAAAAGAACACCCAAAGGAUGCUUGUUUUAUUCGGGCCACAUAUGUGUGUGAACAAAUGUUCUCAGUCAUGAAUUACAACAAAUCCCAUCACAGGUCAAAUUUAACAAAUUACCACUUGUCAGCUGUUCUGAGAAUCUCUACAUCAAAGAUGACACCAGACUUUGAUGCCCUUGCCAAGAGAGGUGACCAGACCCAUUGUUCACAUUAAGACUCAAAUAAACGUGACUGGGGUAGGCAAGGAUUAUGCUUUUUCAUGGUGAUGGUUAUGCAGUGAUAAUUAUCCAGCAAUGCACUUGGAUACAGGUAAUAACUAAUCAGUCAGAUUUGGGCUGAGUUGAAUGGAUAACUGUAAAUAUGGCUCACAAUGGAGAUGAGAAUUGUUCCUUAAUAUGCUUUCAAGAACAGACCAUUCCAAAUUAAACAGAUGCUCUUACCAUAUGUUUCACUCAAAUUUUGCAUGUCUCCAGUCAUACAAUAUAUAUAUAUUUUAAGUUUGCAUAUUGCGACUAAGUUUGAUUGUACUUUACAAGGGUAGAGAUGCAGGAUCUGUGUGUGUGUUUGACUGUGUUUGUGAUGUUAUAAAUUAUAUCAAUUUUGUGGAAAAUGUGUGAACAAUGUGUUCACAAAAAACAAGGGUAGAGAUGGUACAAGGGUAGAAUUGUUCUGCAAGCAUAUGUACACCUACAGUACACUAGUAGUUGCGUGUCAAUGUGAAAACGAAUAAAGGCUUCACAUGUUUUGUCACACAUUUAGUAUGUGGCCCUUCACUUGGUUUCAAAAACUCAAUGUGGCCCUUGAGCCAAAAGGUUUGCCCACCCCUGAUUUAGAGGGAGGGGGAUCACUGGAGCCUACUGUCAUAUCACUGGGGAAUGGAUGGCAGUGUGAAUGAAUGACUGACAUAGGGGUCAUGAGAUGUAAAGGUGAUAUUACGGAUCCGACCCGCACCCCGUUACCACCUACUUCAUCCCUGUCAGAAGAGUGAGAAAAAUAAAAACCCAGUAGCGUAUGAAUAUUGUCAUGGAAAUCAGAUGAAGCCAUCAUCAUCAUCCCGCAAGCAAUCAUCUUUUGAGCUGUGAAUGAGGAGGGAUGAGGAGGAGGUCUGUGGCCUCCAGAUGGUGUGGAUACAGCCCCACUGAAGCCCUCUGAGAGCCACAAGAUGAGGUCACACAGCCAGCCAGCAUGAAGGUGGCUGGAAUACAACACAACAGAACAGUCUGCUCCAAGAAGGAUGAGGCACACUGAACACAGAGAUCUGGCUGGGAAAUAUCUUUAUAUCUCUAAUUAAAGAGAUCAUAAAAAGUGGAAUCAACAUUAUAGUUUGAGUUCUAUGGCUUCAACAUACUGCUCAGCUCUAAAAACUGCCAAAUACAGACCGUACUUGUUUGUGAAGCUAAGUAAAUAUGGCCAUGUGUUGAGUGGUGCCACAAGGCAAACACAAGCGCUGUGUCAUUCUAGAGCACUGAUUUCUCACACUGUUGUUUGAGUUUAGAUGAAACUUUUGUUGGUCAAUUCAACAAAUGCUCAGACAAACAUUGUCACAAAUCAGUAGUAUGUGUGUGUGGAUGUGUAAUAUUGUGUUAUUUGUGCCUGAUUGGAACGGUGCCCUCUGCUGACUCAGAUAGAGUAUAACACCAAGUAGAAAGCACUUCUCAGCGACUUUCACAGUCCAGUCUGUCACAGAGUAGGAGGGGUAGGCAACUAUAUUCAGCCUCUGGCCCAUUCUUUUUUUGUAAUAUCUGUUUUUAAACAAAAACAUACAUAGACAAAAACAAUAGACCACUUAACAUUUACAUACAUUUCCACAAAUAUUAAUGAAAUCACAGGUGCUCAGACCCACAUGUUCCCACUGUAUCCACACCCAAUGUUGUUUCUAAUGCUUGUAAGAAUCUGGCCCCAUAUGAUUUCAAAUUGUGUUAUGUUGUUUCUGUCUGUAGACAGAUUUUUUCAAUAUUUAAAUAAUGUCGGAGCGGAUGGUCAGGGGGCGGAACAUAAUUAUAAUUUGUACACUGCAAAUUGACUACAACUAAGCCCAAUAAGAGAUUGUAUUUGAAAAUAACAAUCAUUUCAUACUUUGAUUACAUUGAGACACGAUCACAUAUGUCUUUUUUUAAUUUGAGGGAAUACUUGGGAACAGACUUCCUAAAUUAAACUCAUUUUUAUCUGAAUUCCUGUCAAUUUUACAGUUUUUUUUUUAACCUAAUAUUGAUGUAAUUUUUUUACGAAAGACUUUUGGGAGGGGCAAAAACAAUCACUUGCAAGCCAGUUUUGUCCCACGGGCCGCCUGUUGCCAACCCCUGCCAUAGAGGUUUGAAGAGAACUAAUACAUUUGAAUACAUGUCCUUCUCUGAUUUGCAUUUCAUGACAUUCUGCUUUGUCUCUGCAUUCCACCCCCUCCUCUCCGCCUCUCUCUGGUGUCAGGUCUAACUGGCUGAAGCCGUGCUGUGGGCGGAGGGCAGCCCCAUGGCAGGUGUGCCUGCUGAGCGCAGGCUUUAACUGUUUCCUGGUGGCCUGUGUCAUCCUGGUGGUGGUGCUGCUGUGUCUGGAGCUGCUCAUCGACACCAAGCUCCUGCAGUGUGAGUGACCCUGGACCUGUCUCUGUAUUAGAACCUGGAUCUUCUGGACUUGUUUUCAUGUAAUGACAAUUUGAAAGGGCUAGCUUGUGAUACACUUCUGCAACUUAAACUGGCACAAAAAUUGUGAUUUGACCCCUAGUGAAGUUAAGACAUACAAAACAGCCGUGGUAAAGUAUGUUGGAAUAUACAAUAAUGCACAUCUGCUGUUAUGGAUGUAGCUAAUAUUGGCCCUAGGCCUGUUGUAUAAUACAUUACCUAUGAUAAUGCUGUGACAGUGACAGGUCCAGGACCUGGGGCUGUGAUCUCUCCUCUCUAUGAUAUCAGCCUCAUUAGUAAACACAGUGUCAGGUGGUCUAAUGCCACUGUGACCAAUCUCACAUGGAGAUGACCUCAUCUGCAUCCUCUGGCUCUGGGGAGGGAGGUGUCCUCAUCUAUCAUGGGGAUAAGGUCAGGAGUCACCACCUCUAUGGUGUCACAAGCUCUAUGAAGGAUGAUACUGUAGGACCUCCAUCAUGUGAAUGUGAAUGUAUCUUAAUGCAUUCAAAUCUUUACAAGUCGCCGGAGGCAGAUUUAAGAGACGGGACGGUUGGGAGGGAAAGACAAAUGCAUAGAGGGAGAUUAAUGGACAAAUAAAUGGGGUGAUAAAGGUUGCCUGUCUGCUGGGUGAAUGUAAGGAGAGAGGGAGGGAUGGAGGAAGAUGAAUGGACUGAUGGACAGAUCAGUGAACACAGCAAACAAAGACAGAUGGGAAGGGAGGUGGCGCGUGAAGAGGAAGAGGAAUGCUGUAGUUGACAGCCCAAUGCAGUAUGAUGCUGGCCACAAUUAGACGGAUGAAUAGACAGGCAUUCAGACAAACCUGUGCUUGUGAGCUUGCUUCUUGCGUGUGUAUGUAUGUGUCUUUGCCUGUAUGUCUGUGAUUGUGUGUCCGUCUCCAGUAUUUAACGAAGUAUCUGAACCUUGAGUAAACUAGUCAUCUCUAAACAUUGUCUAUGCUGUGCUGUCUUCACAGUUAACAACGCUUUGCAGUUUGCCAGCAUCGUCCACUGGAUCAGCCUGGUCAUUCUAUCUGUGUUCUUCGCUGAGGUGAGCCCCUCUCCGUUCUCUCUCCCCCACAGUGGCAGUAGGCUCACUUACAGCUGAUGCAGCCGAGGGUUGAUUUAAUGCUAUAGUGUGCAGUAUGAGACAAAGGUGAGCUAGAGAGGUGCAGUGGUUUAUCCUGAUUACAACACCCUAUUAAAGCCUGCCCUUUCCCCCAUCAACACAUUAUCGACUUAUUAGGGUUUCGUGAGGUCCAGCAAAGUCCGAGCAAUAUUAUUUAUUUAUUUUAAAUAAUAAUAGAGAAAAAGCUAGGAAUAAAGAGGAGAGGAGUGCAGUAGAUUUCUGCAGCCGCUGCUGAGUCAGCUCUAGCUAGUGCAGGGUGCAGUGUGCAUCUCUAACUGUUUGGAUGAAAUCCGACCGCUGUGGUAGUGAACUGUAUUAAUAUAAUGUAAUUGAUGAAUUACCUGUGGAUAGACAAAAGAAAACUGAAUCACAACUGCAAUUCACUUUUACUGAGACAUUAAGACUUUUAGGGGGAUGUUUACAACUAAAGGAAAUAUGAAUUAUAUCGCUAUGGUUCUCUCCCCCACUCUAUCCAUCUCCCUUUUUUCCCUACCUCUCCCUCCCUCCCCCUCUCUCUUUCCCUCCCUCUCUCUCAGACGGUGUUCAGGAUUGUGGUGGUGGGGAUCUGGGAUUACAUCGAGAACAAAGUGGAGGUAAGCUCCCUGGAGGGCCAUUAGUCCUGAGGUGGGUUUGUUCCACUGCAAUGUCAUUCUCCCAAUGUCAGACCUCAGCCUGUGUGUGUGUGUGUGUGUGUGUGUGUGUGUGUGUGUGUGUGUGUGUGUGUGUGUGUGUGUGUGUGUGUGUGUGUGUGUGUGUGUGUGUGUGUGUGUGUGUGUGUGUGUGUGUGUAGGUGUUUGAUGGUGCAGUCAUAGUGCUGUCCCUGGCCCCCAUGGUAGCCUCAACGGUGGCCAACGGCCCCAGCAGCCCCUGGGACGCCAUUGGCCUCAUCAUCACCCUGCGCAUCUGGAGGGUCAAGAGGAUAAUCGAUGGUGAGGCUGGGAGGGCCACAGGGUAGAGGGGGUGGAGGGGGUGCAGUCUUCUCUGUAUCAUGUCCUUUACUGUCAGGUUGCACAGACGCAGCAAUAAUAUUUCUGCAGCUCCACCCCUAUGGAUGACGUCAUUAUUCCGACUUGCUUUUUACUGAGCUUUACAGAGCAAUUUUUUGCCAUGCAUAUUACGAACUGCAAUCAAUACUUGCUCUACAACACAAUGACAAAUACAUACAGUUGAAGUCGGAAGUUUACAUACACUUACGUUUUUCAACCACUCCACAAAUUUCUUGUUAACAAACUAUAGUUUUGGCAAGUCGGUUAGGACAUCUACUUUGUGCAUGACACAAGUAAUUUUUCCAACAAUUGUUUACAGACAGAUUAUUUCACUUAUAAUUCACUGUAUCACAAUUCCAGUGGGUCAGAAGUUUACAUACACUAAGUUGACUGUGCCUUUAAACAGCUUGGAAAAUUCCAGAAAAUGAUGUCAUGGCUUUAGAAGCUUCUGAUAGGCUAAUUGACAUCAUUUGAGUCAAUUGGAGGUGUACCUGUGGAUGUAUUUCAAGGCCUACCUUCAAACUCAGAGCCUCUUUGCUUGGCAUCAUGGGAAAAUCAAAAGAAAUCAGGCCUCAGAAAACAAUUGUAGACCUCCACAAGUCUGGUUCAUCCUUGGGAGCAAUUUCCGAACGCAUAAAGGUACUACGUUCAUCUGUACAAACAAUAGUAUGCAAGUAUAAACACCAUUGGACCACGCAGCCGUCAUACCGCUCAGGAGAUGUCUCCUAGAGAUGAACGUACUUUGGUGCGAAAAGUGCAAAUCAAGCCACAUCCCGCCACACCCACCAAAUGGAACAAAAACGUAGGCUACCUCAAAAGUCUGUUCAAGUCAAAUCAAAUUUAAUUGGUCACAUGCUUCAUAAACAACAGGUGUAGACUAACAUAUCCCCGGACCCCACUAGAAGGGUGUUGACCCCGGAACCCAUUGACCCUGAACCCCCCCCCCCACACCCAAUAUGCAACACAACGUUAUGGCUUUGUGGCCUACUACUUUAUAAAAUAAAGUUCUGUCAGUGUGAAUUCGUUUACCCUUACAUAGCAGUCUCUUUAAUAGAGACUUACAUAGCAGUCUGUCCUGUGUUCUGUCCCAGCCUACGUGCUGCAGGUGAAGGUGGAGAUGGAGAUGGAGAUCCAGCAGUAUGAGAAAGCCAAGGCUGUCAGGGAGGAGCAGCUGGAGAGACUCACCCAGAUCUGCCAGGAGCAGGCAGUAUGUUCACACACCUCCUACCUACUGACCCUGCCUGUCAUACACAUCUCUAACCAGCAGAGUGCAGCAACAUGCAAAGAAUGAAUAUAUGUUCACUUCCAAUACAUUAUGUAUAGAUUUGAGAUAACAAAACACAUUCAAAUUCAAAAAUGUAUGUGCGGAAUAACCAAACCUUUAAUAUGACAAACACUGAGUUGAACACAUAAAUACAUUACAUAUCCCUAGUAGGAGAUAGUAUCAGGUUCUGUAUUCAGUCAAUGUGUCACAACAUUCCUGUUAUUCCCAUCCCGGGGUUUACAUUCAGAAAAAGGAUCCAGUCACAUUUGUACACAUAUGUAAUAUAGCAUAGCUUGACUGUCAUUGUACAGCACUGCUGGGUCAUGUUGACCGAAGACGGAAAAUGUUAUGUUCUAACCAUGACUAGAGGGAUAUAUAUUAUACAGUGCAUUCGGAAAGUAUUCAGACCCCUUGACUUUUUCCACAUUUUGUUACAUUACAGCCUUAUUCUAAAAUAGGUUAACCUCUUAAGGAUCGGACCCUUUUUUUAAAAAAUUCGCCUAAAAUGACAUACGCAAAUCUAACUGCCUGUAGCUCAGGACCUGAAGUAUGGAUAUGCAUAUUCUUGAUACCAUUGGAAAGGAAACACUUUGAAGUUUGUGGAAAUGUGAAAUUAUUGUAGGAGAAUAUAACACAUUAGAUAUGGUAAAAGAUAAUACAAACCAAAAAAUAUGUGUUUUCUAUUUAUUUUUUUGUUACAUCAUCUUUGAAAUGCAAGCGUGGUCCUCUGUAGCUCAAUUGGUAGAGCAUGGCGCUUGUAACGCCAGGGUAGUGGGUUCGAUCCCCGGGACCACCCAUACGUAAAAAUGUAUGCACACAUGACUGUAAGUCGCUUUGGAUAAAAGUGUCUGCUAAAUGGCAAAAAAAAAGAAGGAAAAAAAAGAGAAAGGCCACAAUAUAAUAUUGCAGUUUAGGUGCAAUUUAGAAGUGUGUGCGCAAAGUUUCAUAUUGAUCCAGUGAAGCAUUGCAAUACUGGACUAUUUUGUAUAAAGUCUGCCCAAAUGUGUCGAAUUGGUCAAUUGAUACAUUUUCAAGUACAUAACUAUAGAGAACAUACAAAAAUUAUAUGGUAAUACAAAAUGUAAGUUUACACACUCCCAGGAAUGUCAUACAUGAUGGAUCAUUAGCUUAUACACUAACUUUCACACAUCUAGAUGGCCGGGCGAGGUGAGUGUGGAGCCAGAGACAGCAGGGGUUCAAACUGUAGAACCCAGCUCCUACAUUUGAAUAUAAAAAUGGAUUUUAUCAAACAAAACUAUGCUACAUUUGAUCUCUGGAACCCUUAGGAUGACAAAUCAGAACAAGAUUACUGAAUGUGAGUACAUUAUUUACCUUCAGAGGUGAAUGUAUCAAACCAGUUGCCGUGGUACGUUUUUUGUUGUUGUGCACUCUCCUCAAACAAUAGCAUUGUAUUUUUUCACUGUAAUGGCUACUGUAAAUUGGACAGUGCAGAUAGAUUAACAAGAAUUUAAGCUUUCUGCCCAUAUAACAGUCAUGCUUACAACAGUCAUGCUAAUCACAUUAGCGCACGUUAGCUCAACCGUCCCGUAUACGGGACACCGUUCCCGUAGAGGUUAAAUCUUUUUUUUCCCCUCAUCAAUCUACACACAAUACCCCAUAAUCACAAAGCAAAAACAGGUUUUUAGACAUUUUUGCAAAAAUAAAUGAAAUAAAAACGGAAAUAUCACAUUUACAUAAGUAUUCAUACCCUUUACUCAGUACUUUGUUGAAGCAUCUUUGGCAGCAAUUACAGCCUCAAGUAUUCUUGGGUAUGACGCUACAAGCUUGGCACACCUGUAUUUGGGGAGUUUCUCCCAUUGUUCUCUACAUAUCCUCUCAAGCUCUGUCAGGUUGGAUGGGUCGAUCAGGUUCAAGUCUGGGCUCUGGCUGGGCCACUCAAGGACAUUCAGAUACUUGUCCCGAAGCCACUCCUGCUUUGUCUUGGCUGUGUGCUUAGGGUCGUUGUACUGUUGGAAGGUCAACCUUCGCCCCAGUCUGAGGUCCUGAGCGCUCUGGAGCAGGUUUUCAUCAAGGAUCUCUCUGUACUUUGCUCCGUUAAUCUUUCCCUCGAUCCUGACUAGUCUCCCUGAAAAACAUCCCCACAGCAUGAUGCUGCCACCACCAUGCUUAGCCUUAGGGAUGGUGCUAGGUUUCCUCCAGACGUGACGCUUGGCAUUCAGUCCAAAGAGUUCAAUCUUGGUUUCAUCAGACCAGAGAAUCUUGUUUCUCAUGGUCUGAGAGUCCUUUUGGUGCCUUUUGGCAAACUCCAAGCGGGCUGUCAUGUGCCUUUUACUGAAGAGUGGCUUCUGUCUUGCCACUCUAUCAUAAAGGCCUGAUUGGUGGAGCUCUGUCAGAGUGACCAUCGGGUUCUUGGUCACCUCCCUGACCAAGGCCCUUCUCCCCCGAUUGCUCAGUUUGGCCAGGCAGUCAGCUCUAGGAAGAGCCUUGCUGGUUCCAAACUUCUUCCCUUUAAGAAUAAUGGAUGCCACAGGCUUCAUGAGGACCUUAAAUGCUGCAGAAAUGUUUUGGUACCCUUCCCCAGAUCUGUGCCUCGACACAAUCCUGUCUCGGUCUCGGAACUCUCCGGGCUAUUGCUUUGACCUCAUGACUUGGUUUUUGCUCUGACAUGCACUGCCAACUGUGGGACCUUAUAUAGACAGGUGUUUGCCUUUACAAAUCAUGUCCAAUCAAUUGAAUUUACCACAGGUGGACUCCAAUCAAGUUGUAGAAACAUCUCAAGGAUGAUCAAUGGAAACAGGAUGCACCUGAGCUCAAUUUCGAGCAAAUGGUCUGAAUACUUUUUUUUGAUACAUUUGCAAAAAAAUCUAAAAAUCUGUUUUCGCUUUGUCAUUAUGGGGUAUUGUGUGUAGAUUGAUGAGGAUUUCUAUUUAUUUAAUCCAUUUUAGAAUAAGGCUGUAACAUAACAAAAUGGAAAAAGUCAAGUGGUCUGAAUACUUUCCGAAUGCACUCUAUAUGUAAUAUAUGUGUUCAAAGAUCUGUGUGACACAACCCAGGGUUUCUCAAUAAAGGCAACACACUUAAGUAAGAUACCAGUUGUGUAGCUAGUUGAUUAUGUACAGUGGGUGGCCUUUAGCAAAGUGGAUGGAUAUGAGAACCAGUGCUCUUAAAGGGCAUUCAGGUGUUUCUGUGUAAGGAUAACACAUGUACUGUAUGCAUCUCUCCCUCCCUCUCUCUCUCAGUUUGAGAUCAGGCAGCUGCGGGCCCACCUGGCUCAGCAGGAUUUGGACCUGGUAGCAGAGCGAGAGGCUGCCAUGCAGAUCCACCAUGUGUGGGGCAAGCAGUGCAGUCUCUUUCAAGAGGUGGAUGGCCUAGCCCCUAGGGGCCCCGAGCAGCGCAGUCAGGCUAAAGCCAGGGAGGCAGCGGCCCCUGGAGGUACCACACCCUGAUCCUAUACCCACACCACUUACUGUAGUAUUACUUCAGAGCACAGCAGAUUGCCUCCUCGAGAUAGAACCCUAUGAUACUGUUUUAUCUCUAUGGAUUGCCUGCUGGCUGUGGGUUCUAACCAAAGAGGGUCUCUCUUGAAGCCAGGGGAAUAGAGAGAUGUUCUUGCCAUUUCAGAUCAGAUUUGUCAGGCAAAGUGGUUGAAUAAACAGAGUGCUCUGUGCUUUGGGUCAUGUAGUUGUUAAAGAGUGGACAGUUCGGUUGAAAAUAUGUGCUCAAUUCACCUGGAACCACCCCCAAAAAACAUCUAACAAACCACAUCAUAUUCCAGGGAGGAUAGAAUAGUAGAGUACUGUACAAGGAAAAGACUUGGAAAUUCCCCUAGAACAACAGCCUGAUAGAGGCCUAGCAGUGUGGGACCUCUGAUGAUUCUGAGAACUCAGUGCUAUGGGAGUGCUGUUUGAAUGAGGACAAUAUCCUCUGUGUAAAUAUACCUGUAAAAAACACACCAAGAGAUUGGUUUAAUAUGAUGAGACACUAUUGUAUGAUGACUAUGGCAUCUAACUUAGGCCGGAAUUCAAUCCGAUCGCAGGUUAAAGGCAUUGCGGCUUUUAAAGGCAAUUUCCGAUUGACAUAUGCAGCAUAAAUGGGAUCUCCGUGAAUGUGGGAACAUUGCCUUUAAAAGCCGCUAUAACCCGCGAUCGGAUUGAAUCCCGGCCUUAGACUUAGAGAUAAUGAGGAGAACAUCUGUCUUAUACUGUAAACCUACUGUUUGUUUUCCAUGUAUCAGGAGACAGAGGGCAGGGUGACUGGCAUGCUGGCAUGGGGGUAGUGAACUAUUGUCAAAACGUGCUUCUUUCAAAUUCUGAACAAACACUCCAAUGAAUACAGGAGCCAUAAACCUUUCAAAGGGAGAUAGAUCACAAGUUACAGGAGGUAGAGGAACAAAGACUGUCAGUACUGUAUUCUCAGAGCUCAAAACACAGAGCCCAUUCCUUAAGUAAGGACAUAAAUCACCAUGCUUCUCUCUCUGCUAUAUAUCUGAGGUUUCACAGCGAGGCCGUGUGUCAGACUACAGCAUUUUAAGUGCUCAUGUGUUAUUAAUCGCAGAGUGAUUGUCUCUGCCGCCGCGUUUUAGGCCAAGCAUUGCCUGUCCUCUUGGGACAGUCUUAAAAUGAAUAUUUGAAUUAGAAUCAAAUGUAAUCCAUUUAUCUAUCUAGAGGGAGCAGGGGAGGUAAACUGUGACAGGUCAGGGAAGCCAGCCACAGGCCCUGCUACCCACCACCGCUCACCUCUUCUCUGGUAAUUCAGGUAUAAUGAGCAUUAUAAACCGGGUAGUUUGGGUCCUGGAUGUUGAUUGACUGAAAGCCAUAGUAUAUCAGACAAUAUACCACGGGUAUGACGCAAAAUUACUUGUUUACUGUUCUAAUUAUGUUGAUAACCAGUUUAUAAUAGCAAUAAGGCACAUCAGGGGGUUGUGCUAUAUGGCCAAUAUACCACGGCUACCCAGGCACUACGCGUUGAGCCGUACAUAAGAACAGCCCUUAGCCGUGGUAUGUUAGACAUAUACUGCACCUUCUCGGGCCUUAUUGCUUCAUUCUACCACAGUCUGACCGCGUUCUAUGUAUGGUGUCUAAAUCCUUCACAACCACUGCUAUAACCUACAAUAGGUAGGUCACUAAAAAUCUGCAGCUCAUAACUGAACUACAGUACAGCAGCAUGCUUUUAUGUUUGGGGGUUACGGUUCAUCAUUCUGGUCAGAAAUAUCUGACUGAUGCAUUCUGGGAAACCUUUACACAACAAACAUAGGAAUAGAUAAGGUUACCAAACAUCCAACUCAUUUAAUUGUUUUUGAGAGAGAGCACGUAUUUUGUUUCUUAUUUCUUUCAGAUCAUGUUGUUCAAGAUGACAUGAACAACUACAUCAGCCAGUACUACAGUGAGGCAAGCAGUGGUAAGAAUAAACAAGUCCCCACUCUCAGACACAUUUGUUUCUGUCCUUUAUUUCACAGUCAGUCAGCAGUAUCGUGAUGAGUCCAAAAUGUUUUCUUGUAGAUGUUGGGAUCCCAGAUCGAGCUCGUGUCUUCACUACUGCAGCCAUAGACGUGCAUCUUCCCAACAACCCCAGCCAGCUGCCCUCGUCUCUGGUGAGUGCAGACGCAGUGUCCAGCCGUCUGCAGCAGACAGGCGGCUCUGUGAGCGAGGCCUCCAACACCACCAUGUCCCGCUCCCGCUCCAGCGCCCGCCAGCACAGCAUCAGCAGCCACACCCUGGGCUCCACCACUGACUGCAGCUCCACCGUCCGCGAGGCUUCCACCUCCACAGACUCCUACAGCGGCCAGCGCUGUUACCCCCCGCCGUACUGCAGCCCCCUGGCCCUGGGCGUGGGCACACAGCCUGGCCCCAGAGGACACCCCAGCGCCGUGGUGCAGGAGCUGCUCUCCUCGCUGUCUGAGGACUCCUGUCUGGGACAGAAGGGCCUGGACCCUGUCAACCUCAAACUGCCCAGUCCUGCUGGCUCCACCAAGACUAGCCCUGAGCUGGAGCACAGGCUCAACAUCUACAACAAGAGGAACCAGGAGAGCCGGGGAGGCUUCCACACCAAGCCCCUCAUCCACCUGCAGGCCAGCGAGCCCUUCAUGGAGAAGUACAAGCUGUCUCAGGGAGAUGCCCCCGUCAACUGUCUGCCUGAGACAUAG